GCAGCAGACCGUAGGUCGGUAUCAGGGGGGAUCGUAACGUGUGGAGGAGGCGCUGUGUCUUGGUUUUCCAGAACGCAGAGUGUGUCACGCUUUCGACCACCGAAGCAGAGUACGUCGCCCUAGGUGACGUAGUGAAGGAGAUCUUGAUUUUGAGGCAGAUUUGGCGUUUCAUGUUGCCGCAGGUCGGCAUGCCGUGCAUCCCCAUCUUCGAGGACAACCAGGGGGCGAUCCAACUAGCGCAGAACCCCAUCUCAAACUCGAACUCGAAGCACAUAGAUGUAUGGCACCAUUUUCUCAGGGAACUGGUAGAGAGGAAGGAAAUUUCGGUCAUCCACGUGCCGUCGCCGUACCAGCGUGCAGACUUUCUUACGAAGAGUUUGUCGAAGGAUGCUUUCGAGUCUCACCGUGAUUUUGUGAUGAAUUUGGCAUGAACAUUUUAUUGUUUUUCUGAUGAGUUGUGUUUUGGUUUUGUUCUGUUUCCCGUUUUGUUUCAUUUCCCGCGCCAAGUAUUUGUUAAGCGCGAUGCAGCAUUCAUGUUUCUUUGAAUUGUUUUUCUUUCUUAUAUAAUUCUGGUCAAGUCUUUAUGGUAUAUAUUCUGGGAAAGAUGCCUUUUGGUUGAGAUAUCGGGUGCUAGCGAAGUUUUCAGGAAGAAACUGUUGCGAGCAGGGGGGAUGUUAGAUAUACUCGCAGCAGUAUCUGGUCGUGAGGAUCCUAGGGGGACACGUGUUGGGAAUUUCGUGUGUUGAAGGGUACCACCGGCGCAGGCACGGGGACCCUUUGGGCGUGGUCGGUGCGAUGAUGAGGAAGGCUUGCGUGCGUGCUGCACACUUCUUCCUCUUCUUCUUCUUCUUCCCUCUCUCUCUCCACCACCACCA